UCUUCCAUGUGACACACUACUGCCAGUAGAAUAUUUUGUAGGCUAUGGGCUGACACUGUAUUUGUUGACUGUCAUUAUCUUUCAAAUAUAUUACAGUGAACCUAGUGAGCGCGGUUUCAAUUUCCAGUUGGAAUUACAUGAUACAUCAUUCUAUUUCACCCCGCUCCACUCAUAAAUGGCUCCCCAGCUAGAAGUAGUGCAUAUCUCCCUCAAAUACCACUCUAACCCUUUCCAUUGUCCACUUAAUUCCCGCGGACACUAAACACACGGUCAUUCACCGGACUCCUUCCAUUGUCCUGUUUAUUCUUAUGUAACCCACGUCCAAAGUUAUUCCAGUCGUGACCAUCCCGUGAUUUUUUGUGAGGUGCGAUGUGAGGGGGUAAGACCAAGUUCAAAUCGAAAUUCUUUGUGCAAUUGACCAAUUUGUCUUCCACACACACAUCAAUUGAAAUAGAAAAAUUCGAUGGAACCCAAAAGCUGUUUGAAACUAAGUGGCCACUCUCACGAAUAAUGGACUAGUCUGUCUAUAAUGUUCUCGUUCUCUAUAUGGCUACCACCACUCAUCGUCAGUAAUGGACUCGUCCUACUACAACCAUUUUAUUCUCUAUCGAACAACUACGAGAAAUUAAAGUCUUCACCAACGAAUUAUUUUCAACUCAAUGAAUUCUUGGUCUGUUAACAUGGACAAUGGAACGACCAUAACUCACCCGCAUCAGUUUGGGUUCUACCGAUGGAACUUUCCAAAUAUGACCUUCCCUGCAAGUUUCCAAAUCCCUGAGCAAACCUCUCAUAACUGCGACCUAAGUCCAACUCAGACAAUGUUACCAAAAUCCUAUUUGGAUUAUCAGAUGAAAUUAAAUGAUUUGUGCCAACAACGGUCAACAAUGGCCUCGACCGCUGUGUCCAGUCCCAUGAAUCGCAAGAUCUUAUUGAAGACUCAAUUAAUGAGAGUCUUAUUGGCAAGACAGAGACCUGGCUACCUGGAAUUUUUGCAAAGAUAUGCAGCAGAACAGGUCAACAGCUUUCAGACAUCAACCAGUGAUUAUCUGGAUCACAUUCGACAGAAUGCCACUGAAGAUUUUCAUCGAAAUGGCAUUGAGGUUUCAGUUAUAGACAAUGAUUUUGGCAGGAACCAUAUGUUCCACCAGGAAAACUCACUAAUAAAUAAUAUUGCAGACAGCGAAAUAAAAUUGGGCAGAGCAAGAAUUAGUAAUAAGAGAAGCUGUAACGCCAUAAGUUAUCAAUUCACAUCGACUUCCUUGAGUAACCAUGAAAAUGUAGAUGAAUCGGUCAAGUCUUGCAGACACACUUGCACCGGUGAGUUCUAUAUUCCCCAAAAUAGUAAAAAGAAUUCAUUUCGACAUUUGAGAUCUCGAAGACCUGUAAAUGGAACGAGGAAAACAGAAAUUAUAAACAAAGAAUCUGAUGUAAUCCGGUCCUUCACUUUCUUACAAAGGAAACGUCCAAGACAUGUGGGACAAUACCAUUCUCCAUCCAAUGAUGACGAGAUUACUGCGUCUAAAAGAGAUCCACUUGAUUCUUGUAGAUCUAACUUGGAAACUGAUUUUUCUGGGCAUUCUUGGGAAUGAAGGAUCAGCGAGAA